AUGUCCCGUGCGUCCAUUUCAUAUCCAUCACGACAUGAACAUGACCACUCUCCUCCACCGUUUUUCCCACAAACCUGGUCACAUGGGCACGCUGUUGGGGAAGGGAUUGGAUUAAUGGUUUGUGGCGGCGUCGGCGGCGGCGGUGGUAGAAAAAGUGUUGUUGCUCCAGGUAGUGAUAAUGGAAUCAUUGUUAGACGUGGUGGGAGCAUUGUUGGUGGUGAUGGUAGUGUGAACAUUGUUGGUGCUGAGAACAUUGGUUGUCGGGAUGGAAGUGGGAGCACUGGUGGUUGGAGCAUUGUUGGUGGUGAUGGUGGUGGUGUGAACAUUGUUGGUACUGAGAACAUUGGUUGUCGGGAUGGUAGUUGGGGCACUGGUGGAAGGAGCAUUGUUGGUGGUGAUGGUAGUGUGAACAUUGUUGGUGCUGAGAACAUUGGUUGUCGGGAUGGUAGUAGGAGCACUGGUGGUUGGAACAUUGUUGGUUGUGAUGGCAGCAUUGAUGAUGGUAGUGUGAACAUUGUUGGUGCUGAGAACAUUGGUUGUUGGGAUGGUAGUGGGAGCAUCGGUGAUAGUGGUGUGAGCAUCAGUGAUGGUGGUGUGAGUAUGUUCUGGAGUGAUGGUGGUAGUGUGAGCACUGGUCGUGGUGGGUACACUGGUCGUGGUGGAGUGAGCAUUGUUGGCGGUAUUGAAAACAUUGAUGGUGGUGUGAGCAUUUUCGAUUAUGGUUGA